CUAUUAUUGAGGUAAAAAAUAUUGUGAAGAAAAGAUGGAAGAACAAAUGAUUUUUGCCUGGGCAAUGAUGUUUUGCCUCGCCAUAGCACCAGUCUAUAGCGGAUAUUAUUACUCGAAGACAGUUACGCCUGGAGAAAAGGUGGAGAAGCUGACCCAUCUGCACUUUUUCCUCCACGAUAUCCUCAGUGGCGAAAACCCUAGUGCAGUCAUGGUAGCCCAUGCUAACCUCACCAAGAAAGACAAUUCCCCGACCCCAUUUGGCAGCUUGUUUGCAAUCGAUGAUCCCCUCACAGUAGGGCCUGAACCAACAUCGAGGGUAAUUGGAAACGCCCAAGGGCUCUAUCUAUCAUCCAGUCAGGACUCUAGUAAGUUCACUAUAGUUAUGUACAUUGAUUUUGCUUUUACGACUGGCAAGUUUAAUGGGAGCUCCUUCAGUUUGUUCUCAAGGAAUCCGGUGACAGAGGCAGAUCGUGAAGUGGCAAUUGUGGGAGGGAGAGGUAAGUUUAGGAUGGCUAGAGGGUUUGCCAAAAUUAAGACUAGUUAUUUCAAUGCUACUACCGGGGAUGCUAUUCUCGAGUACAAAGUUACUCUGUACCAUUACUAAACCAGAAUACAUACAUCCAAUCAUGAGAUAAUAGGAUUUUUCUAAGACUGAAUAACUGAAAUCAUAUUCGAUAGUUGUUGUGAUUAUGUGAAGAGUAAAAGAAUAAUGCUUGUGAUUGGACUUUCUGUUAAUUGUCUAUGGUUUAUGAAGUCUGAAAUUUAUGAUGCAAAAUUGUACCCAAAUGAUCGAGAAUGCGAGAGAUGGUAACGCAUAUUAUCCUUGCAGCCCGGUAAGGCAAUAACCUUCCUAAA